GGAAACCAUUCAUCAAACUGUCCAAAUGAUUGUACAAAAGACCAUAUCAGAGAAGAAAAGCAUCUAUUCAACUGUCCAGAUGAUUGUACAGAAUACCAUAUCAGAGAAGGAAACCAUUCAUCGUUCUGCAAAGUGAAACCAAAUAUUGAUACUCCAACAGCAAAUACACCAAAAGAUAACACAGUAAAACCAAUUGUUGAUACUCUAAAAGCAAAUACACCACCAAAAAACUCAGAGAAACCGAGUGUUGAUACUCCAACAGCAAAUACAACAACAGAGAGAACAGUGAAACCAAGAGUUGAUACUCCAACAGCAAAAACACCAACAGAGAGCACAGUGGAACAAAGUGUUGAUACUCCAACAGCAAAUGCACCAACAGAGAACACAGCGAAACCAAGUGUUGAUAAUCCAACAGCAAGUGCACCAACAGAGAACACAGCGAAACCAAGUGUUGAUACUCCAUCAGCAAAUGCACCAACAGAGAACACAGUGAAACCAAGUGUUGAUACUCCAAGAGGAAAUACAUUAACAGAAAACACAGUAAAACCAAGUGUUGAUACUCCAACAGCAAAUGCAACAACAGAGAACACAGCGAAACCAAGUCUUGAUACUCCAACAGCAAAAACACCAACAGAGAGCACAGUGGAACAAAGUGUUGAUAUUCCAACAGCAAAUACACCAACAGAGAAC